AUGGACGAAUUUGUAACAUGGAUGCGACAAGAUGAACGUGAAUUUUUUGAUGAGGUUAUGAAGAUUUAUUGUGUUAUUCCUUUAUGUUUUUUGGGUGGGCAAUUAGUUGUCACUGCUCCUUACGCUCCAAAUAUUUCACCUAUGCAUAUAUUAAUUAUGCCUUUUGGUAUAUUUUAUAACAUUAUGAAUGGAUAUACUGUUGCACGUUGGAUUUCAAUUUUUGGUAGAGAUAAUUAUCUUUACGAUGAAGAUGGUCGAGACAUUUAUAAAUCACCAAGAUUUAUUCUAGGUGUUUUUAUCUUUUUAGUGGGAAUGACGAUUAAUAUUCAUCAUGAUAAUAUUUUAUUUUCAUUGCGGAGCAAUCUUGAUAAAUCCACUAAAUCAGAAUCGAUUAAAGUAGUCACCAAUACAAGUUCUCCCUCAAGUAAAUAUCUAAUUCCAAACGGUGGUUUAUUUAAUUAUAUAGCAUGUCCAAAUUAUUUUGGCGAAAUAGUUGAAUGGGCAGGUUUCGUAAUUGCAACUUGGUAUAGUUUUCCUGCAGUAAUGUUCUUGAUGACUACUCUUGCGAAUUUUAUACCGCGAGCGAGAAGUAAUUUAAAAUGGUACAGAGUGAAAUUUGGAGAUGCGUACCCAAAAAAUAGAAAGGCUAUUAUUCCUUUUGUUUUGUGA